CAUUUGCAUCAUUACAUUAAAUAUGGCAGCCUCCACAGAAAACACGUUGUUCCAGACUGCUGUGCAGAGAGUUCUUGAUAGUUGGACUGUGCUUCAGCUUGCUGUUGGUCAUGGGUUUGGAGGAGGAGAGAGUCGAGAGAAAGCACAAUGGAUGGUGUAUGCAAUUGACCAGUGGUUCAAGGAAAAUAAGAACAUUGAGACGUAUGAACUGGAGAACUUCCUGGAGGAUGUGAUGAACCACGAGUUUGAUACCAUUAUCGAUGAUGGGAGUCUGCCCAGAAUAUCUACGCUGGUAUGUGGGAUGUAUCGUCUGAGCUGUGAGGGCCGAGAGGAAGAGCUUCAGCAGAGAUUACAGUCUCUGCCCCAGCCUCAGGUACAGCAGUGUGCCCGUGCACCAAGUGAUGGGGAAGACGAGGAUGACGAGGAUGUUAAUGAUGCCAUGGAAACAGGAGGGGCCAGUGCUCCUCCACCUCCUCCUUCACAAUCUACCUCACAGUCAGAACAGGGCAGUGGGAGGGAGUCUCAGUCAGCAGAUCCCAUGGAAGAAGAGGAGGAUGGUUGGCAGGUCGUGAGGAAAGCGAAACGGAGAUGAGCAUAAAACACAUUUGCAAUAACACUGGAGUCAACUCAUUACGCUGAAGAUUCACACCAUCCUGUCAAGUAUUGAUGGGGUCAUCUUCUAGGCCAAUGGGACAGGUCAUCCUGGGGUCACCCUGGUCUGUGAUAGGUCAUCCUGGGGUCACCCAGGUUUGUGAUAGGUCAUCCUGGGGUCACCCUGGUCUGUCUCUGAUCAGGGCAGUUCUCUUUUCUGUGGCCAACAUGCUUAAGCUGCUUGGAAACUUUCUUGUACAGAGGGAAAAUAUCAAUCAACUUCAUGUGUUUUAUCCCAUAAAUUCCUAAAAUCCAGUUUGUAAAAAUUUGGAAUGAAUUCCGACACUUCAGACUAAAGGAAGAACCAUGGUAAGACCUUUUAAAGUAGAAAAGGAACAGGACAUGAAGCAGUGCAUAUAUAUUUUGCACAUUACUUCAGAUAUGCAACAUACAAACAUCAGCCAAUAUUUGUUUUUCUAGAACCUUCAAAUAUGCAUGAUCCCGUAGAAUAACUUUUGACAUGUUUGCAAUGACCUUGUUCAGACAUUAUUCUGUGAUGCCAAGACCAAGUGUGAUACAGAAAUGUGAUUUUGUAGUCAGGGGUUUGUGGAGUGUGACCAGGAUGGUAUCAGUUCAAGCUGUCUUAGGUGAUGGUACUUUAUUACUUUAACAAUUUUCUGUUUCACUCAUUUUAACUCUUUGUUUUAAGGAAUGGUGACAUUAAAAUUUCCAAUACAUUUAAUAUGAUUGUAAUGAGAGCAUUCAAAUACCGUGUUGGUAGUGUUAAAUUUUAUAAGAAUUCAACAUCAGUGAAAAACAUCAUGUAUGUAUUAAAUUUCUUGCAGACUUGAACACCCAAAUAUUAAGAUCUGAAGCGAUAGAACCUUAUAACUUCAUCAUUUCCUGUUAUCCGACUAACUAUAGAAAAAUAAGUUGAUGGAGGACUGUCAGGUCAUAUUUGUUCUGAAUUAACAUUUUUCAAAAGUAGGUAUCAUUGCAUUGUAUCUACUAGUAGGAAUCUUGUAACAGUUAAGUUAUUGUUUAAAAGUCUAUUUUCUGUAUUCAAAUUAGUUAUUGUCAAUGAAAGCUAUUAUAAUUGUUCUAAUUUAUUCAUUAAGCCAGACCUCCAACAUUGUUGAACUUUUUUAAGCAGAACUUGUCUGUUAAGACAGCCAAUAUUGGUGACAGCAUGACUUGGAUCAGUUCCACAGUUUAUAAAAUUACAUAAAGCAUUAUAAUUUUAUCAUCUGUUAAUAUUAUUAAUGAAA